ACAGCCGGUGAUGGUUGGAGACCUGACAGACUACAGCCGGUGAUGGUUGGAGACCUGCAAGACUACAGCAUUACAGCCGGUGAUGGUUGGAGACCUGCAAGACUACAGCAUUACAGCCGGUGAUGGUUGGAGACCUAACAGACUACAGCAUUACAGCCGGUGAUGGUUGGAGACCUAACAGACUACAGCAUUACAGCCAGUGAUGGUUGGAGACCUAACAGACUACAGCCGGUGAUGGUUGGAGACCUAACAGACUACAGCAUUACAGCCGGUGAUGGUUGGAGACCUGACAGACUACAGCAUUACAGCCGGUGAUGGUUGGAGACCUGACAGACUACAGCACUACAGCCGGUGAUGGUUGGAGACCUGACAGACUACAGCCGGUGAUGGUUGGAGACCUGACAGACUACAGCAUUACAGCCGGUGAUGUUUGGAGAAGAGGAGAUAUAUCAAUUGAACAACCAGAAGCCUCGUUGACUUGAACCAGCAACCUAGCCGAUACAAGGACCAGGAGACCAGUCAACUCAUUAGUUUCUGCGCCGUAGAGUUGGGGACCUCUUUGACUGUGGUAACGAUGCCGGCAGAAACGCGUGCCACCGGGGACGGAACCUGCCAGGCUCUGUGCCAAACCCUGGUCUCUCAGAACGGGAUCCAGAGAAACACGGCUGACAUCUCCAAGUCUCUCCUCUACACAUCCCUGAUGGGGCUGCUACUGGUUGUAGACAGAGAGAAAGAAAAGCUCAAGGUUGGGAGUGGAAGAGUCGGCCUUCGUAACAUAGGAAACACGUGUUUUCUGAAUGCGGUGGUUCAGUGUCUAUCUCACACCAGAGGUCUGAGGGACUACUGUCUGGUCAAAGCCUACAGACAGGAGAUGUGCAGUAGAGAGGAACCACACCUCAUGGAGGCGUUCUCCCAGGUGCUGUUGAGUCUCUGGGAUGUGAACGAAGAAAACCAUAACACAGAAGUGAAUCCUGGGAAGUUCUACAGCAUCUUCAAAGAGGCGGUGCCUCACUUCAGCGGAUACAGUCAACAGGAUGCUCAGGAGUUUCUGAGGUUCUUAUUGGACAGGCUUCACUGUGAGAUCAACCGUCGGCCGUACGUCCGGCUCACCAGCCUGGAGCCUGAACCCAAAUGCACCACAGUCAGGAUUGACGAGCAGGCGUCUGCAAUGUGGAAGAGACACCUGGAGAGGGACGACAGUAAGAUCGUUGAUCUGUUUACAGGUCAGCUGCGUAGUUCUCUCCACUGCUCUGUGUGUUCUCACUACUCCACCUGCUUCGACGUCUUCUGCGACCUGUCUCUACCCGUCCCUAAGAGGAGUGCAGCAGGAGGCGGGUCUCUGAGGGAGUGUCUUGAUCUGUUCACACAGGAAGAGAAGCUGGACGAGGAGAACGCUCCCAUGUGCGAGAGGUGUAACAGACGGACAGAGAGCACCAAGAGGCUGACCAUCCAGAGAUUCCCACAGGUCAUCGUCAUGCAUCUGAACCGGUUUGCCAUGUCACGGUAUAUGGUGUGUAGGAGUACAGUGUGUGUCUCCUUCCCUCUGACCAGCCUGGAUUUGGGGCCCUACGGACCGGUCGACUGUGGUCCCGUGCUGUAUGAUCUGUAUGCAGUGUGUAACCAGGGGACAGUCAACAUGGGCCACUACACAGCCUGUUGCCUGGAGGACGACGGAUCGGGAUGGUGCUGUUACAACGACUCCUGUGUGACUCCUAUAUCAGAGAACCAACUGCAGUCUGCUCAGGCCUACGUCCUCUUCUACCAACGCAGGAAGUGAACCAUCGGGCAGCCAAUCACUACAGCUGUAACUGCAAGCAUAGCAUUCAGCAAAACUGUUACUACAAGCAAAGCUUUCAGCAGCCAAUCGCUACAGCUGUUACUACAAAUGGAAUAUUACAAACGGCUGUGAUGUAGCGCUAUUGUAACCAAGCAACCAGCAUCUCAACCAACUGGUCUGAUGUUGGACUACUUGAGGAUUGAGUGAGUCUGGGACAAAGACAGCACAAAGGGGUAGAAAGACAGACGGAUGGAUAUGGAUAAUAGACGGCUUGGGUGAGGAGAGGAGAAAGAGGAGACCAGUGUAGGAGUGUUCCUAGCCAGCUCAGCUAGGAGUGUGUGUGUAGACCUUCAGUUCAAACAGACAGUUAUCACUGGACACACACACACACACACACACACACACACACACAACCAUGAGGAAACAUGUCAACAAACAUGCUAUCGGCUACACACCAACGAACCAACUAUCGGACAGACCGCUUUCCAGAGAAGCCUUCAGAAUGUGUUAUAAUAGUCUAGACAACGUCUGUCCUGGUAGAAACAUUAAUUUACGCUGAGUAGAAAGUUGCUUUUUAUAAAACACCAACUAGGUGCAUCAAAGGGGUGUUUAUGACAUUUUUCUAAAUUAACAAUUAUUUAAAUGAUAAUUUCUUUACAUAAUCACUUGUUUGUUUUUCCUUUCUUAUUUAAUUUGAUUCAAAUGUUUUGUUUCGCUUCUUGUCAAGUGCAAACGUAAAUAAAACUGGUGAGUUGGUA